CGCGUUGACAUGAACAGACUUGUUUUGAAAAGUGCCUUAAGUAGCGGUGACUUAUUCCUAGUUUAAAUGCAGGAUUGUUCACAAAUAGUGGAUUAGCAAGUGAAAAUUUGAUUUUUGGUUAAAAUUUCAAUCAAAUAGGAGAUCAUGGGUAAACUCUACCUCAUACCUUUCUUUGUUGACCAACAAAUGAAAUUUGACCGAAAACUCAUCAUUCUUAUUAAAAAAUAUCCCGAACUUUACGAUAAAAAUCACGAGGACUUUUAUAAUAAAGAUGUCAAGAAUGGCAAAUGGAACAUUAUAGCUAAACAAUUGAAUUUUAAAGAAAGAAAAUUGGAAAAACGCUUUGAAGAAUUGGUACAAAAAUACAAUGAAGAAAAGCAAUGGGUGUGCAACAAUACACCUAUAUACAGGCAAUGGCCUUUGCUUGGAGAAAUGCAGUAUUUUAAUGAAUAUAAUUUGGAUUUUCAUAAUGCUGAACCCCAUCUGGAAGAACACACUCACUUUUUAGAGAAAUUCAUAAAGAAAAUGCAUGACAUAAAAAUAUAAAAAAGAGGAUAAAAAAUGGAUUAUAUAAAUUGAAAAAUUAUUAUCUACAAAUAUUGACAUUGUUAUACUGGGCAUAAAUGCAAUAUUUCUGAAAAAUGGUGCAAACUUAAAAAUAAGGUAUUUUAUGACUUUUUGUGAAAUAUUAUUUUCAUUGUUAAAAGAAGAGAUGGAAAUAAGUUUUAAAUAUUGAAAAAUACCUUAUUAAUCAUUAUUGUUGAAAAGAAUGAAAAAAAU